CGCUGUCUGUCCCUGCAGGACGCCCAUGGCUUCUCCCCCGGCCGCCCCGCAGCUGCUGUACCGCAGCACCCGCCUGCUGCGCACGGCCUUCCAGCACCUCCACCAGCAGCAGCAGCGAGCCGACGUCUUCUGCGAUGUGGUCCUGUGGGCUGAGGGCGAGGCAGUGGUGGCCCACUGCAGUGUUCUCUCCGUCUGCAGCCCCUUCUUCAUGGAGCAGCUGGGCCGAGAGCUGCCCCCCCAGGGCUGCAGGGUGGUGCUGGAGCUGGCGGGGAUGAAGAUCGGGGUGCUGCGCAAGCUGGUGCACUUCUUCUACACUGCCGAGCUGGAGGUCACGCAGGAGGAAGUGCACGAGGUGCUGGCAGCCGCCCGCCGCCUCCGUGUCACCGAGCUCGAGUCACUGCAGCUCUGGGGAGGACGCCUGGUGAGACUGGGACCCCGGCGGCAGCUCGACCGCUCCUGCCUGCAUCCCACUCAAGAAGUCUCCACCACGGUGGCACACGACACGGCCGAGCCUGGCAGUGCCAGCUCUAGGGUGUCCCCCCCGAGGCAGCCACGCUCUCUGGAGCGCACACACCCCAGCCCCAUCGGGCGGAUGAAGCUGCGGAAGGUGCAGAGCUGGGGGUGCUGGGAGGUGGUGCGGGAGGUGCAGCCACCCCCUGUGCCUCUAGCAGUGCCAGUGGGUGAUGUGGGGGUGACAGAAGCACAGCCCCCCCAGGAUGUGGCUGCACAGGAGCAAGUAAGCGAGUGCCCCCCACCCCAGCAGCCCCCCAGUGCGAACGGGAUGCAGCAGCGUGGGGACUCCCCUGUGUCCCAGCAGGAAGUACCCCCAGGGACCUCUGGAAGUGACACUGAGGAGGAGGUGGAUGUGGGGACAGGGGAGCUGUUCCUGCCCCCUGGCACAGUCUGCCUCUGGCCCUGUCCCUCAUCUGAGUCAGAAGAGGAGGUGGAUGUCCUCACCUAGGGGGGGGCUGGCUC